AUGAUCCGUUUGGGUACAAAUACACCACCUCAUUUGCAACAACAACAAUCAAUAUCGGAGGAUUCUCCUCGCACAGCUGUUGUUGGCUCUUCUUCCACUAUGCACUCUGUUAAAGUAUUGCUCAACAACAAAGCCAUCAAGAAGGAAAAGAAGGAACGUCGUAAUAGGAAGCAUUCAAUGAUUGAAUUGGCUUUUCCCUUCCGAGGCAACCAAACACUCGAUGAUUUCAAACAAUGUUUGAUGAUCAUCAAAGACGGUUUGCCAUCAAAUAACAACAACAAUCAGACCAGUUCAAAUCAUCAUGAACCAGUACGGAAUAAUGAUAACCAUCAAUCCUCCUCUGAUUUGCUCGAGCUAGAAGCCAAAAUCCUUGUGAGAUUCCACAAUGAGAGAAAAGCCUUCAAGAUUAAGGAUGAAGAAGACUGGCAUCAUGUCGUUGAAAAAGUUGUUUCAGAAGAGUCUCCAGCAAGCCUUAUUAAAUUUGUCGAGUGCAAGGUUAACUUUAAAAAAUCAAACAACAAACACCACAAAAAGAAGAAACAUACCAUAGAAAAAAGAGGAGCUCGAAAACACUCCAAAAACAAGUUGCUCAAACGCGAAGAAAAGCUCAAAAGAAAGAAGGAGGAGGAACACCAUGAGGAAGAGCUCCUCGGAAAAAGAGUCAUGAAUUUGGAUCUUUCCGAUGAAGAUGAGAACCAUGAAGAUGAUGAACAACAAGAUGAAGAGAAGAAGAAAUCCAAGAUUGAGAAAGACAAGAAGAGAGCUAAAAGAGAAAAAUCUGCUCAAGCCAAGCAGGAUGAUGUGUCUCUUGUUGGAGAACAUGGAGAAGGAUUGACCCUUCCUGAGAAAAUUAGAAGAAUUUUCUUGGAUGGAAACAACAUGUUUUUCAUGACACAAACAUUGAGAGAUCUUUUAUUGAAGAGAAAAAACAAAGGAACGGCAGAGCAAUUAAUUAUUGAAAUUGCAUCACUUUUUUCAUCAAUGUCUGAAAUCUUGUGGAAUAGACCAUUAAGCAUGCAUGUUUGUUUUGAUGCCGCAAAUCCUCAAGUUAUGAGAGGCGAUAUUGAGAAGGAUACAUUUGUUGUGUCCUCUGCCUCAAAAGCAGGUUUUGCCACAGCCGAUGACAUGCUUGUGGAGUUAGCAAAUAGACAGAAUAUUGCUGGUCACUUGGAUUCUUGUUUAUUUGUCACCUCAGACAAUGGUUUAAGACAAAGAUUGAAGGAAGUUGGCGCAAAAGUUGCCAAGUCAGGUAAAUGGAUGAAGUGUUGUUAUGCACACUUGUGUUCAGAAACUACUCAAUUCUCAAUGGAUGAAUGGAUGAACCAAAUAGUAGAGGAAGGUUUACAUUUGGAUUAA